GCUCCCGCCCUAGUUCGCCCCUGUUUUGUUGUUUGGCUAAAGAUGGCGUUAGCGGCUAACACAGGCGAUUGCAUUUUGUUUCACCAAAAAUAUUCGACAAGUGGUAACAAAACAUGGACCAAAAAGAGCUUUAAUUCGUCUCUCACUGUGUAAAAGUAGGUUUUAUAGGGAAUACGGCACCUCAUUUAUGUAUUAUUACGCCUCUGUGGCCUUCGCACGAUGUAGGCCUGUUUUUGAAGGGAGUGGACCGGAGCUGUUGGAACUCCAUCUCCCAUCGGCAAUUGCGGCGUCAGGUGGUGCGACUUUUCCUUCCCACGGUAUCUGUAGUUUGUGACGUUAAUGCUUGUUGAGAACUCAGAGGUACAUGUUUAAGAAAAAACAAACUUUACACGUUGAGUGUUAUUUUAAAAUAUUAGAACGGCAUGUAACUGUUUUUUCUGAAUGCAUUUAGUAAUUUCUGACAAUGUGCAUGAUGUUUGCCUAGGGUGAGAGACAAAACUUGGAUGAUUGAACCAGCACCUGCAAGGCAGAAGGACCAUGGCUGUAUCACCUGUUCAGGGUGACUGGAAACAAUCUCGAGUACCCCCCAAAGAAGGCCAUUCAACUUCUACGGAGUCUUCUUUGACCUGGUGCUUGGAGCACCUCCCUAAACCCAAAUCAGGGUCUGAACUUCAGGGACAUGGAAAGUCUGACUCAGGUGGUGGCAGAGACUUUGAAAAAAGGUCCAGAGUCUCUCAGUGGCGAGCCCUGGUUGCUAUCAGGACACAGCACAUCAAAGGUGAUAAGACUGGCAUUGCCAAAUUUAGAACUCAAGGUGGUCUACCACCCCUGCUGGACCUUCUUAAAGAUCCAGAGUGCUCUAAGAAAAUGUUGGACCUGGCCCUGAGCAUUCUGGCAAACUGCUGCACUGAGUUGGAGACGCGUGUAGAGGUGAGGAAAAAAAGAAUUUUCAGAAACCAGCAAAGACUAUUUUUAUAAAAUCACCCAGUAUGCAUGCUUACAUUACAAAUGUCUUCCACCAAUAGGUCAGAAAGUUGGAUGGAAUAAGUAUCAUAGGUGAGUAGAAGUUCACAUAUUUGAUUCGAUUUUAUUCAUUUAAUGACAACAUUGGUACUGUCAUAGCUGAUGGUGAAUAAUCUCUGUUAAAAAUACGUCUGUUUCAGUGGAGAUCCUGAAGAGAAAUGUGGCACUCGUGACUGUCCAGAAUCGAGCUGCCCGGGCUUUGGGAAACUUGGCCAUGGAUCCAGAGAGCUCUGCACUCAUCCACUCAGCUGGUAAGUCUGAAAUACAAGCCUGUCUCCCUGCAUCAUUUUUGUGUUUGUUGACAGAGCUGAAGCUGGUUUUAGUGGUACUGUUAAAGUAGAAGCAGAGCCUGUCUGGUAAUAAAUGAAGUUGUAUCAUAUUGAGGGACAUAGUCAUCUGUUGGACAUUGUACAGUUUCUACAUUUAUAAGCUGUUUUAAGGCAACUGGUCCCUUUUCAUAAAAAAGCGACAUCUACAGCUACCAGGUAUGUUCCAUAAAGCCGCAAUCUGGUAUGAAACAUGUCAUUUUUUCUUCCUCUUGUUAUGCAGGUGGGGUUCCUCUCCUCCUCCUUUGUGUGUCUUUGACUUCUGGCCCUUCAUCCCCCACAACUGCUUCCCCCAAAGACCCCUGUCCUAAACUGGAGUGUGCUCAGUCAGCUGCCCGAGCUCUCCUCUACCUCUCAGAUACACACUCUAACCGCCUGUCACUGCUCACCCAAGGGACCUUAUCUUCACUCGCCCCUCUCAUUGCACCAGAAUACCCCCAAGGGCUGAGGCGGGCGGCACUCAGGACCCUCCAUGAGUUGACACGAGGCUGUGGUGUUGAAUGUGCCAGGGAGGUGUCCCGCUCUGGAGUCCUCGCUCAGCUUGGCGUCAUGGCCUCAGGGGAGUCUGGCAAACCUUUUGAGGAGCUGGCACUGAAAACCCUGGCCAACUUGUGUUCACAAGGCUCCUUGCGGCCUCUUGUGGGGUCUCUUGGGGUCAUUCAGAAGUUUACAGAAGAGGUCAAAAGAGACCCACUGAAGUCUGGAGUUUUCUUCAAGGCGCUGUGCUUAUGCUGCAAAGAGGCGGUUAACCGUGCCAAGGUGAAGGAGAGCGGAGGACUGGAGGUGCUGAUCAGCUUCCUGGCUGCCCAUCAGAGUCAUCCCCUCUCCAAACUCGCCAUCCUGGCCUGUGUGGACUUUGUUUUUGAUGAAUCUGCGAUGGAACAGCUGCAAGAGUUAGGGCUUGCCCCUCUGCUAGUUGCACGGUUAGUUGAGCUCAGCAGAGGAGAGGAACAAUCUGUGGAGAAGAUGGAUGUUAACCUCUCCUCCAGCAUGUCCCCAACUGAACUUCUGCCCUCAUCAUGUUUGGACUCUUUUGACUUUCCUCCUCCCGAGGGCUACAAGAAGGAAGAAGCUGCUAAAGAGCAAGGUCUAUGGUCAUCAAGCUUUUUAAGUCUCAGAUCCUGGUUAAUGUCUGAGGGAUUGAUCUCCUCAGAGGGGGAUCUGCUUGACUCUUCUGGUGUUGAGGGGGAAUGGGGGGGUCUUCAGAUCUCUGCAUCUUCAUCCCCUCAAACCUCCUCUCCAAAUCCUGAUCCCUUUUCCUCUCUUAAAAACUCCUCCUCAUCCAGUCCUUCUGCCCCCUCUGUUUCUAAAAAAGUGGCAUGUUCAUCCAAACCCCCUCCUUUAAGUCCUCAACCUACCAGUUCACCAGCACCACAUACACAGCCCACUUCUUCCACCAACUCCACUCCCUCUAGAACAACUCAAACACCAGUUUCUCCGUCAAAGUUCUCCUCCCCUAACAGGAGGAGGCAGCGUGCUCAGUCUACAACAGGUUUGACCAAGUUCAACUUGGACACCCCUCCUUCUGUGUCCCGCCCCGUAGCUUUCCACCACCCCUACCACCCUGAACCCUGGACCCCAGAGUCCCCUAUCUUUCUGCUGCUCUCCCGCUUCUCCCAUGCCACCGACCCAAGUGCUGCUCUGAUAAACUCGGGUGUUAUGUCUGGCUUGCUGUACUACCUCACCUGUCAUCAGGACCCCAGCAACAGGUGCCUCCGGAUGCUCUGUCGCCUGAGCUGCAACCCAAACUGUUUGCAGGCACUGGUCCGGACAGGCUCAGUUGCACUUAUCCAUCACCAUCUCUGCCAGAGAGAGGAGGGAUUAGAGGGAGAGGAGAGGCAGACGAGCCGAGUGAAAGCCAAAGUCAGACAGCUGGGUAAGAUGCAGAGCUCAGCUGAUUGGUGAUUUCCUUCUGUAUUUGUUAGAUAAAGAAGUUAAAGGUUAUUUGAUGCAUAAACCUAGUUACUCGGUAAGUGAAGCUGUGCAAACACAACCUACAGGUGCAUAUGGACUCCUGUAAAUAUGGAUAAGUCAUUAAAAGUAGUAUUUUCUCUAUUCUUGGUUCAAUAUUUUACCUUAAUCUCUCUGAUUAUGUGUAUAUGUCACUUUUCAGCCCUGAUUUUGCCACUCAAUUCUUUUUUACUGGAAAGCAAACACUUACCACUUCAAAGUUGAACACAGUAUUGGAUAUUUUUCGUUUUUGUUAAGUUUAUAAACCUCCACCUUCUGUCUCUGCAGGUGUAGCUCUUCUGAAUAAUCUGCGUGUCCAGUGCGAAUCUGGAUUUGGGUCUGGGGUUCUUGCCCAUGUGAUGUUGUCUGGCUCUGAGUCUGACAAGAUGAACUGUGCACUGUCUCUACCAUUAAUCAGCAGGUGAGUGUAACAUCUAUAUAGAAGUGACUUGGUGAGAAUACACAGGUGUAAUGCCUUCACUUUUCUGUCACUGUAUUUUAGUGUGAGUGAUCUGAGGAGAGAAAAAAAACAUGGUGUCUCUUUCUUUGCUGAAAUAUAAAAAAAUCACACAUCAUUUCCCUGUUUAAUAUUUUUUUUAAUUUUUUUUACCAACAGCAAUAAAUCCCUGUUGAAGAAGCUUCUUCUGGACAGCGGUGGGCUGCUCUUGGCUCUGCAGCCACUUGGUUGUGAUGAAAAUGAUGUGGAGGAAGACCACCCAGCUGAAUAUGGCAAGGUGCCCUCUGAUUGGUUUAAUUCACCACAUUCUCAGCCUCCCUCUUUUUACUUUGCCCUCUUGAUUGGAUGUCUAUCCACCCUGAUGAGUGGCACCAAAAUGGAGCUGAACAAAAAACACACAAGCAAAGUCAUGUCUGUGAGUAAUAAUGACAGAGUUUCAUCCCCUCCCUCAAAAAAGCCUCGCCUGGCUAACACUUGCCUGUACGGUGACUCAAACUUUGACCUCAUCUUGCUGCUGGAUGACGGGACUCAGGUCCCAGCCAGCAGGGAGGCCAUAGCAGGGUCUGAGGGGACAGACGGGGUCGGCUCAGAAUACUUCAGGGCUCUGUUGAGAGGAGGAUUUGGAGAAGCUCAGGGAAGUACAAAAGAUCCCAUUUGCAUUAAAGAUGUCAGUGUAGGUAUGCUGCUACCUGUGCUGCAUUACCUGCAUGGAUGUCGCCUCUCUACAGACACAGAAUCUACAACAGAACAUGAUGAGGAAAGGAAAGGACAUUGUCAAAUUUUGGACACAUUAGCCCUUGAGGGUCUGGGGAUCUGCCAAAAAGAAAGAAAUAACCGUUCAGUUGAAGACUUCCCUUUCCAGAAAGCAUCUCUCGGUGAGAUGAUGAUUGGUGCAUGCAGGUUUUUAGUGCCUGAGCUGCAGAGAGAGUUGGAGGAUCUGUGUGUUUCUCUUCUUCUGUCCCAUACCACCAGAGCUUCAAGUCGAGCUGCAGCAGCUUUCAAAGAGGAAAACACUGAAAAAUCUGUAUCCAAAAUGGACCCAGUAUGCCUUCAGUCUGCUGAGGAGAACUUGGCCAGUCAAACAUCAGAGCUGGAGUUGAGUGGUUUUGAAGUGCACACUGAACUGCAAAAGAAACCAAACAGUUCACCACAUCUGACAGAUAAUAAAACCUCUUUAUCCAGAGACCAUGAGAAAAUCAAGAGUUUGUCUCCAGGUUCAGGGGUCUGUCCAUCAGCUGCAGGCAGAUCACCUGUUGAAGAAAAGUUAGGGUUGGAACCAAAGAACUUGAUGAAAAGUCCAGCAGUUCAGGACUCUGUUUUCUCCUCAUCAGCUAGUACUGGAAGUGAAGCCCUGGCUGCCCUUCUCCCACAGCUGUACUGGUUUUCUCAGCGCUACAACUACCCAGCAGUGGCUCGGGCCUGCCUGUCUUUGCUGCUUGGCUGUCAGGACUGUCCACGGCCUUUCUCGUCCUCCUCCCUCGCAGGUGAUUGCCUCCGCAGGCUUGCCAGAGAGGCUGACUGUACAGAAACCCUAAAACUGGAUCUUGUACAUCUGGCCACAGCAGUUCUGAGUUAAGAAGUCAGUGAAUACCAAAAACACUGAUUUGGUGUCUGCGCAGCAGCAGCACGAUUACCUCAAAAAACAGGAUGUAUGAAUUUCAACAGCAAAAGACUUACUUUUUUGCAUAAACUGGAGGCAAAAAUUUCUUUGAAGUUUUGAUGUAAUCUCAUAUAAACUGUAGCCGGUCCCAGCAUGACUCAAUGUAUCACGUCAUUCUGUCCAAUCCAUUUUUGAGUACACAUGAAUUGAAUUUUCUUUUCCUAGUUAAGAUAACUGAACAAAUGUCUCCGAUGCAUUUGAUAAAUGCCAUUAAACUUGGAGAAGUAGAGGGUUGGUCCUAUAGCUGGUUGUUUAUUUUGUACAUAGAGAUAUUAUGAAUGAGCUGAAGCUGUGUAUAGAAAGGCUCCAACUGUCUAUAUUCAUUUAUGUCACUGAAUAUAUUGUUGGAAAACUA